GUGAUUGGCCAGCAUGUGACUUGAGCACCAGUUUAGCAGUCACUAGAAAGCGUUACAUAGACAGUUUAUCGAUAGAUGUGAUAUGGGCAGAGUUGAAAUUUCGCGUUGAAGCACAUUUACGUUUAUCUGACAUUUAAACAUCAUUGUUGUGAAUGAAUACAAAGAAAAUAAAAUUAAUAUUCAAGUGCCUGAGAAUUUUGAUCGUUUAUAGUGUUUGAGUGUGUACUUUUCGAUGUGGUUACGUGUUUUGUUAUCGUUUUAUUCGAAUUUUAAUUAGAAAUGUGAUACUGAGGCAGUGCUUUUUCGAAUAUUAACAUUCUUGGAUUAAUACAGCUCAUUUAUAUUCAAAAGACACGCAAAAUUAUUGGUAGAUAGUUUCGGGAGGCAUAAGACCUCCUAAACGACACCACUGGAACCAGCUACAGUGAGGUUUUCAAGUGUUAAAAAUGUAUCAUCGACAGCUUUUCUCCUUUUUAUCUAUUUCGUUUCUAUGUUCGACGUUAACGUUUGCCGACAUCGACCUUAGUGGAAAAUGUUUAGAUAUACCAGAAGUAACUCCAAAAAGAUUUUUCGUAACAGGAGGAAAAUCAUUGGACAUCAAUUUGGAAACAUCAACUCGACCAACCCAUCUGUUGGCUACACAUAUAUUUUAUAUUUUUGCUACAGAAGUUUUGGGAUAUCCAAGGGUUACCAUGACAGUAAUGGAAGAUUAUUUUAAUAUAGAAGUCAUAAUGGAGAGACUAUCAAGUUAUUCUGCCACUAAUCAUGGGAUCCCACCGGCUACUAUUAAUUUAGAAGUGUGGACGAGUCCCGAAUACGAUCCAUUCGAAAAAGAAUUCGUUAAAGAAGUUGGUAGCGUCGGUCCUCCAGGUCGUUUCGGCUGGUAUAUACCUCGAAGAUUGAACGGACCUAUUAAAGAAUACUAUAAACUAGAUUGGAACGAUGAAAUUCAAGAGGUCCAUUGGUCUUUCUUUCUUAACGAUAAUUUCGCCAGCAAAUUCGCACUCGAUAGUACUGCAAUUGAUAUGCUUAUUAAAACAAAUGCGUACCACAAAUAUUCAAAUAAUGAAUAUGUUUGUCCUGAUGGCGUCUGUGUAGAAAGUAUGUACACCCCAUCGCAAUGCGAUGGCAAAAAUUGUGCGGUACUUUUAGCUCCAGAUUUCAGAACGAGUGAUUUUUUAAUACAUCAAGUCAACGAAAUUCGGUGCCUCGUGAAAAUAUUAUGGUUAGGAAAUAAUUUAAAAUCGGCUGUUAGAUUAUUAGAAGAAUAUUACGCAAAACAAAGCAAUCAACAGAGUUUCAUGUUUUUCCAUUGGUUUCCUGGAGAUCUGGUGAUCGAUGAAACUAAAUUCGUAACCGUUAAAUUCAAAAACAACGAAUUGUACAAUUUCACAAACAAUUUAGUUAACGGCUACAAAUACGAAAUGCACCGAUUAGUAAAAAUGGUUUGGUCCAAACUCGAAGUCGACGCAAAUCCUUUAUUUUUAGGAGUUAGAAGUUUCAAAUUACGCAGAGAAGAUUAUGUAUUUUUAUUCGAUUUGAAAGACAAAGGUUACGGAGGAGAAAGAAAAAUAGCGUGCGAAUGGAUGAGAAAUAACACUCCUGUUUGGGCGAAUUGGAAAAAAACUUAUGUCAAACCAACUAUUAAUAUUGGAGGAAUAUUCCCAAUGUCGGCGCCGGGAUUAGGUGGUUGGGGUGUGUUUCAAGGUGCUAAGGCGGCAGUCGAAUUCAUCAACAGAAGUCCCACCCUUUUGAAAGAUUACAAUCUAAAUUUAAUGGCAUUUGACGGGAAAUGUCAACCGGAAUCAGUUAUGAGUACUUUUCUAGAUCUCAUAGUGAAUCAUGAAACUUUUAAAAAACUCGUCGGUGUACUCGGACCUGCUUGUACGGAAACAGUCGAACCCAUAGCGCCGGUUUCCAAACAAUACAACGUCGUAGUGGUGUCUUACGGAGCAGAAGGAACCUCAUUUUCAGACAGAAGCAAAUAUCCAUAUUUCUUUAGGACCAUCGGAGAAAAUCUGCACUACAAGUACGCUUAUUUGGCUCUUUUCAAACAAUUUGGAUGGAAAAGGGUCGCAGCUCUUACGGAAGACGGACAGAAAUACACCGAAUAUAUAUCGUUGAUGAGCGACGAUUUUCCCAAAAAUGGUAUCGCCUUUAUUGCCAACAAAAAAUUUCCCAGAGGAAGAAACGCGGAAGACAUGAGAACGUAUUUGACCGAUCUAAAGAAACAAAGCGUUCGAAUAAUCAUAGCUGAUGUAAUGGAUCACGACGCAAGACUUGUUAUGUGCGAAGCCUAUCAAUUAGAAAUGACAGCAAAGGAAGGUUACGUAUGGUUUUUGCCAGUUUGGUUGAAUAACGUUUGGUACGAUACCGAUAUUAAUAAUAACACCGAAAAAAUCAAUUGCAGUACUGCAGAAAUGAUCGAGGCAGCAAAUGGUUAUUUCUCUUUAGCACAUGCCUAUUAUGGUCCAGACGACGCCGUAAUGCAAGAGAAUAUAACCAUAGGUGAAUGGAAGAAAUUAGUACAUAAAAGCAAACCCCAAAUUGCAAAUUCCGAAUAUGCUGGUUUUGCUUAUGAUGGUGUUUGGACAUUCGCACUAGCAUUAAAUCAAUUGGUCAACGAAAAUUCUGAAGCUGUCUAUGAUCUACAUUCCAAAGAAACGGCCAAACAACUCGUCGAAUAUAUUCAAAAAGUGGAUUUUCACGGUGUGUCUGGUCACAUCAAAUUUCGCGGUGGUCCAUCUCGUUUUUCAACUAUCAAUCUGGUCCAGUGGAUAAAUGGCACUAAAUCGAUCGUCGGUAAUUUUUUCCCGAACAUCACCGACGAUAAACCCGAAAUUCUCGGAGGGGAUUUAGUCUUGAAUGGCACAAACAUUAUAUGGUUGAAUCAAAACGGAGGUAUACCAGAAGACGGUACACCGCCACCACCUAGUUGUGCUUUAGAAGCAUUAGCCGUAGCUUUCAACGUAGAAUGUCAAACGGCCGUCAUCAUUCUAAAUAUAAUCGUAGCAGGUGUUUUAUUGAUAGGAGUUGUCGCCGUUUGUUAUUAUAUGAAGAGGCGGUACGAUUCGAAAGUAGAAAAAACAAAGAAUUAUAUGAGAUCUCUAGGUAUACCGUUCGACUUACGUAAUGCCAGUGAUCUCGAUAAAUGGGAAAUUCGACGUGAAUGCGUCGUAAUAAACAGAAAACUUGGAGAGGGCGCUUUCGGUACUGUCUACGGAGGCGAAGUCUCCCUUGAAAAUAACGACAAUUGGACAGCCGCAGCGGUUAAGACCCUCAAAGUUGGUUCGACGACAGAAGAAAAACUCGAUUUCCUUUCCGAAGCCGAAGCGAUGAAACGUUUCGAUCACAAAAAUAUCGUUAAAUUAUUGGGAGUUUGUACGAAAGAAGAACCGGUUUAUACUAUAAUGGAGUUUAUGUUGUACGGUGAUCUUAAAACGUACCUUCUAGCUAGAAGACAUUUAGUAAAAUCCGAUAUCGAAGAAUCUGAAGAAGUUAGUCCGAAACGAUUGACAAAUAUGGCGUUGGAUGUUGCUAGAGGUUUGAGUUAUUUGGCUGAAAUUAAGUUUGUACAUAGGGACAUCGCUUCCAGAAAUUGUCUGAUAAAUGCGCAACGAUCUGUUAAAAUCGGUGAUUUCGGUAUGACGAGAGCCAUGUUUGACAACGAUUAUUACAAAUUUACGAGAAGAGGAAUGUUACCUGUAAGAUGGAUGUCUCCAGAAAGUUUAGCUCUUGGAGUGUUUACUCCCGCUUCGGAUAUAUGGAGUUUUGGUAUAUUGCUCUACGAGAUAAUAACCUUUGGAAACUUUCCUUUCCAAGGGAAAAGUAAUGCUCAAGUACUGGAAUUAGUAAAAGAUGGACAAACACUCGAAAUUCCAAAAGGAACUAAACCACAACUUGUGGGUCUAAUGAAAUCAUGUUGGAAACGCGAAUCCAAAGAACGUCCAGCAGCCUCCCAAAUAGUCGAAUUUUUAGCAAACAAUCCAAGACUGUUAUCUCCUUGUUUGGACGUACCCAUAUCAUCAGUUCAGAUCGGAGACAGCGAUCAACUCGAAUUGACCCGUAAAGACUUGAAAGUGUCUCCGACUAAAUCAACGAAUGGAUCUACAUUUCAAGCACCCAGUUCGCUGUUCGAUGAACACGUAGAACCUGAAGGUAUUCCUUUAGAAAUAUGUGGUGCUAAUGAACCAUUGCUGGGACAAUCGCGUGCGAGUAGCUCCAAUUUACUUAGCAGAUUAGGGGUAGGUAGCAAAAGAGAGUCUGAAGAGGACGACGAAUAUCUUGAACAAAAUGUUCCCGAUUCACAGGAUAAUACGAACGUGUAGUAAAUGUUUAUUUUUUUCUUGUUAAGAGAAAUUGUGGAAUAGGAUUUUGUACCUCAAAUUAUUGUCACAUGUAAGGAUUUUUGAUAUUUAUCUUAUUAGAUCAGACUGUUAAAACAAUCUACGAGCAGAAGUGACGAACGAGGGGGAUUUUUGUUUUCGAUUAAAAGUGUUACUUUUAUAUAUUGGAAAUUUUUAAAAUAUUUUCAGAAUUUUAAUACAUUUGACGUCGAAGAAAUGCGUGGUAGAGAAAUUGUGAUUGAUUAAUUUUUAAUACCGUAUUUUUAAAUUUACUUAUUCUGACUUUUGAGAAAAAUUAAGAUAAUUUGGAAUAACAGAAAAAAAUCGCUCUUUAACCUCAUAAAUAAUCAAAAAAAUUUCAUAAAUUCUUGACUAAUUCCUUAAAAUAUAUUAGUAACACUUAUUUUUUGCAUUUAUUUUGAAAUAUCGAAACCAAAUGUGUUCAAUGAAAUUCCAUGUGCUAAAGCAUUCAAUUAACGAUCAACCCCUAUUGUCAGACUGCUACUUAUACAGUUUUUUUCUUAUUAAAUACUACAUCUUUCAAUAAACGAAAUCCUCUAAAUAAAGACGUUUGGUAAGGAUGAUUAACAUUCAUAACAAUUAUUGAAAUGAUCAAACAAACAAAAAAUCUGAUUGAAACUGUGUCUCCAUAUUUUUGAUAGAAUUAAUAUUUUAGAACCAUCCUUUCCAUAAUUCUGAUUAUUUUUCUAGUCAACGAUUUUAGCUGAGAAACGAGACUUGAAUUCACUAUACAUCACAAUAAUAGUAUUAAAACAAUCACAAUAACUAACCCUACCAAUCUCAAAGUAGUUUUCAAACACGAAAAAAAAUCUUAUCAUUACUACAAAUUAACAUAUCAUCAAAUACCCUUAAGUUUACACUGCUGGGCGUAAAACUCUUUCAAAUAUUUCUAUUCUUAUCGAUAUUAAAACACUUAGAACCAGUUGUAUCUUCUGUGAGGUCUUCCUCUUCUUCAGAGAACAUAGUUUUGUCCGCCAAGUAAUAUCUAUGAUGUUUUAACCCCACGCUAAAUCAUAGCUUUAAGUUACUAUAAUGAUAUUUAUCUUUAUAGAUUCACUUCUAUUUGUUAGCGGUAUAUUUAAAUAUUUGAGUAUAAAAGCAAUGAUCCGUCAUAAUUUAACAGUAAAUACAAUAAUCACACAUAUCAUUAGUAUUAUCAAGUAUACCGUUAAUUUUAAUUUGAGAUUCAAUUUCGGAAGCGAUUUACUACUUUAUGAUAAGUUUGCACAUAAUAUGGCAGUUGUACUUGUUGGCAUAAGGCUGUUUCAGAACAUAACCUCAAAAAUCCUGCGCACGACGCGUAACACUAAGCUGUGUUCACAUAAAGAGAAUUGAGGAAACGAUUUGGGCUUAGUCGAAGAGUACAUUUAUCAGCACGAUCUUUUAAUAUGUCAAGGAUUAGAAAAAAAAAACACACAUGAUCUUUUCCCGCUAUUUUAAAACUUCUUUUCAAAUUUCAAAACCAGUUCUUUUUUGUUACAAUAAAUAUGAAGUUAUCCUUAUUUGCUUCUCAUACAAUAUGACCAAUAACGUCAUCUUGAUAUAAUCAAUACAAGAAAUAUAACAUAAAAUUUUCUAUAAGUACUUUUAAUUUGGUAACACUGAGUUAAAAAUUUUUGCCAACAGUGCAUCUGAAAAUACAUAAUUGAUGCUACACAUCUGCCAACUCUUAGGAUAUAAUUUCCCCUGAUACAAAAACAUUUUAUUUACACUUUUGAUUAUUGUUUAGAGAAUGCACUUGUCACUAGAAAUAUCAAAAUUGCAAACUUAAUGUAAAAAGCCUUUUAAGCAUCAUAACCUCGAUUUGAAAUUAAAGUUGAUUUCAAAAUUUAAUCACAAUCUAUUCACAUCAUGAAAGUAGAAUGUGAUUUUUUGUACAUAGUUCGUACCGGAAAAUAAAUUUGGUACUCUUUUUAGUAGAAUAUUUAUGUACAAAUAAAUCUAGUCAAUUUUUUUUCGUGUUUAUACUCACUUUGUGAUUGGUUGUAGGUUUUACCACUAAAUGCAAUAUCUGUAUAUGUAAUAGAAUUUAGUAAAUGUGUCUUUGUUUUAUUCUUAAGAAAAAUAUUUGGUUUAUGUACCAGUGGUGUUCAUAAAUAAUCAUCAAAAAACUUCAAUAAAUUGAGUUUAUGGUACUAGAUGCUAGCUACGAGAUCGUUUGAAAUUGCACUUAUUUUUUUACAAUGUUGUUAAAAGUGUGAAAAUUUAAAAGUGAAGAUGUGUGUGUUCAUAUAAAUUCAAAUUAAUCUUUAUAUUAAGAAAAUUGUAAAUUUCUCAUGACUAAUAAAGAUGGAAGUUUGUAUUAAUAUUAAAUGAACAUAUGUCCUUUGUGCAAUAUUAUCAAAAUACGUUUUGUUGUUUGAAAGUUGUACUAUUAUAAAACUACGUUAUAAAUGUCGUCUCUUUGAAACUAAAUAUUUUGUCUUAAUUGAUUCAAACUGCAAUUAGUAUAAGCGGAAAUAUUUUUCACAUUUAUAUGACUAAAUAUUUCUAUAACAUUAGAAUUACUAAUAUAAUAAUAUCCGUUGUGAAAUUAGUUGCAGCACUUACAGAUAUAAUGUGAAUUAUUUUUAUCAAACUGUCCAGGAUGAUUUUUUAAUUAUUGAAAAAAAAUAGUCAUAAAUUGUGCAAAUCCGCUUGAGGUAUAUUCAAAAAAUUCUUGUCUACCAAUAUAGAAUGAGUCUUAAGCAAAAUGUAAAUUGGAUCUUUUCUCCAUCCGGGACAGAUCUACCCUCUUCUAUGUGGUGUUGUUAAAGAUAGUAAAGUUUUGGUCUCUAAGAGACACUACUUGAAAUUGUUUUUCUAUUAAUUUGUUUUGAAUUUCAGGGGUCUUAUAUGUAAGGGACAAAAAGUAGCUCUGGUACCUUUCCUGUAGUUUGUUUCACAAAAAUUUGUAUCAUAUCAAUCAUUUCAUGUUAUUUUUUUGUUUCCUUUGCCAAUAUUUCAGCUCUUCAUCAAUUGUUUAUCCUUUUGAAAGCCUGGCUCCUUUUAUUCUUCCUCUUUUUUACGACAUGAUCAAUCUCAUUACUGGAAUACUGACACUCAACUCUCCUAUUAUCUUAUCUGGAGGUUUUCCUUUGGUAAGUAAACAUUCUAAAAAACAGUUUUGUCUAUCCAAUCAUCAGUCAUUUUCUUUACAGUUUCAUCUUCUACUAAUAAUUAAUCCAUCUUAUAUCUACCACUAUGCAAAUUCAUCUUAUGUCGUAGUUUAUUUGGUGAAACAGGCCUGUACUACUGGCAGAUACAAGUAAUGUGCCCCCUCAUCACCAAAUAUAUCAUUAGCAACAUCACCCAACUGUUAUAUUUCUAAAUUUCCACAUAACUUCUUUUUGUCCCUUUAUGGUACAAUAACGUUGGGCUUAUCACUCAUUUCUUUUUUUUCCACUAAGACUGCCUCGGGGAAAAUUCCUUUUUCCCAGCUAUUGACUACUAAAAAAUAACUGUUUUGCCUUGUAUAAAUGAAAAAUGUAGUGAUUGGAAGUUUUUGAAAAAAUUAAGUAAAUUUGCAUAAGAAAUUGCAUUUAAAACCAACAUAAAACUCAAAUGCUGAAUUAUUGGACUGUUUCAAAUAACCACUACAGAAUGAGUAUUGAUCAAAAAGAAAAUUGGAUCUUUUCUCCCUCCGGAAUAAAUCCAUCCUCUUCUAUGUGAUGCUGUAAAAGAUCGUAAAGUAUUUGAUAUCUAGGACACUUCUUGAAAUUGCUUUUCCUAUCAAUUUGUUUUGCAUUUCAGGUGUCUUAUACGUUUUCAGACUCAUUUUUAUCCUUACUGUCAGACAACAGGUUUGUACUUUACAAAUAGGUGCACCAAUUAAAAAAAGUAGUUCUGGUAGUACCUUUCCUGUAGCCAUGGAAUGCUGUACGUUGUUUUAUCUAAAAUUGUGUCAUAUCAAUCAUUUAAUGCCAUUUGUUUUCUUUUACAAUAUUUUAGCUCCUCAUUGAUUGUUUAUCCUUUUGGAAGCCUGACUUCUUUUAUUCUUCCUCUUUUUUAUGACAUGAUCGAUCUCAUUACUGGAAUGCUCCAUUUAAUCUCUUCGGUGAUCUACAGUUUUGUCCAUCCAAUAAUCAGCCAUUCUAUCUACAUAAUAUAUACAGCCUCGUCUUCAACUAAACAUUAAACCGUGUGACACCUGCCACUAUGCAAAUUGAUCUUAUGUCGUACAUUUAGAACUAUUUUUAUAAAUUCUACAAAAAAUCAAUCUUUAUAAUGUUAAUAGUCGAGUUUAUCAACAUCACCGAAUUGCUAAAUGUCCAUACCACUGCUUUUUGCUUAAAUAUGGUAUAUUUGAGGUUAGUUUCGUGCUCAUCACUUAUCAUCACACGUAUUUAAGUUUUUUUCAAGAUUGCCUUUGUGGAAAUGCCUAAUUAUUACUGCGCUCUAUCCUUUAAUAAUUUUGAGUAAAAAUAACUAUUGCAGAACGUACUAUGUACUAACUAGUAUAUAGUAAAGCGUUACUUAUCAACUUAUAUUCACUCCCGAACUUGUUUCAAUCAUUAUACUCAAUCCAAUAAUCGCAUUGUCACUUAAAUAUUAAAUAAUCAUCCUGGAAGUGAACUUAUCUACCUCGGAAGGUCGCAAGUGUUCAAUAAAUUCCCAAGGUGCAUUUGUAGUGAGGACACACACUCUGUGAUAUAAAACUUUUAACGUCAAAUAUUACUGAAAUGGAUUUCGUACAGUGUGAACCAAUAUUGAUAAAUUUUUUGUAAGGUGUAAAUAUAGGUGUAUAAUAUUGUGAUGUUCGAUGAAAGAAAAUAAAUAUCAUUGUAAGGUUCACCCUGUAGAGAAAUACAUAGACGCAACCAAAUGACUGUACUCUGGUUCAUUUCAAAGUUACUUAUGAUUUUUAUUCGUUUUGAAAGAAAUGCCUCGGAAAUUGGAGUCUUCAUGUAAUUCCACUAUAGGAGAUUAUAUCUUUGAAAAGGAUUGAGCUAAACAAGAACCUCAAAAAAUGUUAAUUAUUACCGAGUCAUAGCUUAGUUGUACUUUUUCUAUUUGGUUCAAAACCUUCAUCUCCAAACUGUGAAGCUUUAUAUAUAAAUACGUAAAUUGCCUUAUCUUAAUACAUUUAGAUCAUUUUUAUAUUCAAAAAACCGUUAUAUUAGUUUUUAAUGGGUAGUUUUUUAUUGCAAUGAUAAAUUGUUUAGACAAAUUUUGAAAAAAAUAAGUAUAAUAAGUUCAAGCCUUUAAAAAUUCCACCUACCUUGUGGUUCUGGGAACUUAAUUGAUCUUUAAUAAUUGUUAACGUUUUGAGAUUAAUCUUUAAAUUACCGGCCAGCUUAUGAUUAUAUUAAAACCAAAAAUUUUUUUUCCACGGAACUCAAAUACUGUUUCAACACAUCAAAAUGGAAUGUGUGUUAUGUGAAAAGUAACUUUUCUCUUUUUACUACUCCAACUAGAUUUGCUUUCCUCUAUGUGGUGCUGUCAAAGAUAGGAGAGUAUUUUGAAAUUAUAUGACUUUUGUAUCAAGUUCAGGCCCAUUUUUAUACUUAUUAGGUACUGCUAAUAUCAAUGUUACAUUUUAUUGUACCUAAAAUUGUAUCAUAUCAAACAUUUCAUGCCAUUGUUUAUUUCCUUUGCCAAUAUUUUAGUUCUUUGUUGAUUAUUUGAAACCCUACCUCUUAAAAUCUCACUCCUCCUUUUAUUUUUCCUUUUUUUUUUAGAACAUGAUCAAUAGCAUUCCUGGAAUGCUGAGAUUCAGCUUUCUUUUCAUCUCUUAAGUGGUCUACUUACAGAUCUUCCUUUGGCUAAUAAUAAUUCUUUGAUAAUUUUCUCUAUCCGAUCAGCAGCUAUUAUGUUUUCUACAGCCUCCUUUUCUACCCCUGAACCAUUUAACAUCUUCCACUUUGUAAAUUUAUCUUAUGUCGUUGUCUAUUUGGCGACUCUUGGAGUAUACCCUGACUCCUCAUCUCAACUAUUUGGAGUAGGCGUCUUGUAACUAUUGCUUCUAUUCCAGAAUAUGUCAUGUCAUGCUUUGGAGAUUCUCAUUUUUCUAUUAAUUGCGAUAUAAUGUUCCUAAUAAGCCUGAUAUUAUAGUUGCCUUUAUCACUUGGCUCUCCACUUCUUCUGUUAGGUUUCUGCUAUUAAUACUGCUACUCAUUCCAAUGGCGGGAGUUUAUCUUACAUUGUGCAUGAAACAUAAAAAUAAAUAACAAGUCUCACUGGUCUCAAAUACUCUUAUUCAAAAAUGGAUUCAAUGCCAUUGAUUCUUUGACUAUCCAGUGUCAACCAAAUUACUUUGAAUUUCUGGAACCGUUGGUUACAUUCAUACUAAAUACACUGUUUACACCACCACUAAAUCAACACUCACAAUUACACUGUCUGACGCGCGUUUCGAUAACCAAGCUAUCGUCUUCAGAGACUGAAGGUAAACUUAGACAGUGUAAUUGUGAGUGUUGGUGUAGUGUGAACAGCGUAAUUGGUAUUGGAAAUUUGUGAUUUACCAGAAGAUCCAGGUGACCAUGCUUUUUCAUAUGAAAAAAUAAUUUCGCCUUUGGUGUCAACGUUUCGUCAACUGAAGUUUAUUUCAAUACAUCAGUUACAUACACAUACUGCUUUUUUUAAGAAAGUUUUAUGAUACUUCCAACUAACUAUGGUUCUAAAUAACAAAUUAUUUAAUUUUAUACCAUUCAUUUAAAUUGUUAUUGGAAUUAUAUUUUACAUUAGAAACUAGUAUUCUCUCUAAAUAACGGUUUUUUGAAACUCUACAUCGACAGAUCCAACUUUUUUGAAUUCGGGGGUCAUAAAUCUACAAAUACUAGCAAUAACUGAUAGGUAUAUCCGAGUUUAUGAAUAAAGCUCAAUAAAACUCGUUUAGAAUUUACAUAAUUAGAAUUCAAUUGGGCAGCUUCAACAGUGUCCUUUUAGAAAUCCGAGCUCCUGAAAGUAAAUUGACCUUUGGAAGGGCAAAUUAUAAAAUUAUUAUUGAAUACAUCACAGAAGUUCAUCACUAAUUAGAUUUGUUCAACCAAAAUGUCUGUUUACUAUAUUAGGUAGAUUUUAAAUCUCACAUCAUAGAAACCAUGACUGCUAAGUUCCUUAAGUAACAGUAAAUUACAUUUUUAAUAACCUCUAGGUAAUUUAAAGUAAUUUAAGAUUGUAUAUAUACAUCUAUUCAUAUGCCAGUCUGUAAAUGAAUUAUUUUAAAAAAUAUGUACAUAUUUGCUAGCAGGAUUGUCGAAAUUAAAUGAAAGUUGUUGUAUAUAUUUAUCUUUAAGAACAGUAUUGUAGAAAUUUUGCAUUAAAACUAAUUUAGCGAAUAUUGACAGACUGGUUUUUUUUGUACUGAAAUAGCUAAUUGUUCUUUAUUGAAAUUUAAUCCUAAGUAGAUUUAAUAAUACCGAAAAUAAAGUUAAUCUUCUGUUUUUAGUUAAUUGAUAGUUUUACAAAUAUAAGCACACAUGUGGGCUCUUGAAAUUUGGAUAGAAUCGCGAGCAAUUUUUCUUAUAUCGAAGGUGUAUUCUGAAUCUAGGGUUAUAUUAAAAUUGAUUUCAGUACAAUCCACAUAGAUAAAUAACAACUAAAAGUAGAAGAAAUUUUGAGAGAGAUAUCAGAGGUUCUCAAUCUCUCAGGCUCUGAGUCCCCCUUCAUACUUUGGUGUGAGGUCACGCCUCCCUUUUUAGGGAUUACGUUAAUUGGAGACUUAUAUAUCAAUAUCAAUAUUUGUAAAAUACAAAUUUUAAUUAAAUACACCAACGAAAAAAUUAAAAUCAAUGGUGUAACCAAAAAAUAUUUAUUAUUUUUUGUGAUCACUACUAGUGUGAGGACUGGUAUUGGUUCUCCUUAACUAUUUUUGAUAUGUUUGGUUUCAAUUCUGACAAACAACAUAGCUUUCCACAUCUAGUUUGGCUCGAUAUUUAGAUUUUAUAUUAGCCAGGGUUGAAAAUCCACACAAGCAUAGAUAAGUUGAUGAAAAUUGUACAUGCAACUUGGCUACCUUCUUUGCUACUCCUGGGUAAACAAAAAUCUUCGAGAUCUCUGUUUGGAAAAUCCACUUUGGCUUUCGAAUCACAUUGCAAGUCAAUUAAUUAUUCUUGAAUGUGACUAGAAAGUGUAUCAACGUUGAUUUGACUUAAAUUCCCAGUUUUGCGAGCUUAUAUCUGGGAAAUAGGCUCUGAUUUUUCACUUCGGGGACAACAAAUGCUCAGAUAUUAGGUCCCUCAUUUCUUUAACUAGUCUUUUGGUUAGGUUAGGUUUGUAUAUCAUCGAGGAGGUUGUUUAAUUUUGGAAAGGAAGAAAAGUUCAGGUCCGAAUUCUUCAGGCGGCGUUGCCAAAAAGCCAUCUUCUCAGCAAAACUUUUAAUUGAAUCACAAUUCUUCAAAGGACUGUUCUGAUCUUGGAGCUUUUCAGGUUCAGGAGUUUUAUUGUUUCAGUCUAACAAAUAUGCCAAGUAAAAGAUAAAUUCAUCAUCUGUAAACUUCUUGUACAGUUUUAUUUACACUUUGAUUUUAACUUGAACAAUCUUGCAUCCAUAUUAUCUCUGGACAACCAAUGAACUCCGGUGUAAAAAAGUGUUUCUUAAUCACUGUUUAGAUCUUGAAGCAACAGUCGAAAAAGUCUGGUGUUUAAAGCACUGGAUUUGACGUGAUUCACUACUUUAACUGCCAAGUUCAAAGCAGUGUUAAGUAAUUCAGGGAGAGUCUGGCAAGCUAAAGCUUGUCUGUGAAUGAUACAAUGGUACCCAAUUAUUUUAGGAUUCUUUUUCUUAGAUAAUUCAAUAAAUCCUGAUCGGCAACCUGUCAUCGCUUGAGCUCCAUCGGUACCAAUAACUCUCCCAGGGAAGGUAUUUAGCUUCUAACAAUGUUUGAUGCUGCUGCUUUAGUUGUUGUUUCAAGGUUUUUUGAAAACAGUAUUUUUUUCAUCUAUGUAUCUACAGAAAAACAACUGCGCUUGUUUUGAAAUGCAAACAGUUGGGAUUUCCUUAGCUUUUGCACCAGUUGAUUUUUUGAAUCAAUAGCCAUGUCUUCAAUUCUACGUUUGACUGUAUCGUUUGAUAAAGAAAUUUUGGCAUCUUUCUUGUAGCCGUCUUCACCGAGUACAAUACUACAAACAGUAAACAAACGGGGUUUUAUGAAUGAUUCAUCGAAUUUGUAGGGAUUCUUGUCCUUAGCAAUUUUAUAAGGAGCCUCAACGAUAUUUUCAUUUUCCAUUGGAAAACUUCCACUAGAAUAAAGUUUCAUUCUCUUAAGGCAACUUUACCUAGAAACGAAAUUCAGUAGGUUUGUCCUUCAGAGCAGUCCUGGUGGUAUUGGCAGUAAUUUAGCCACGUCAAUGAUAUGACGAUGUCAAUAAACAACUCUAUUUAGAUUAUUUGCGUUUCGUUUAUUUUCUGAAGGUUCAAGUUCAAGCCUCUAAACUUAGCUGUGCUUUUUUAUUUGUUGACGCCUGGGCGCGCCUUCAGAUUGAGAACCGCUGAUUUAGAUAUUGUAUAAGAAUCAAUUUUAAAUCUGCAUCUACUUCUACGUGAGAUAUUCUGAUCUAACUUCUUUGAUCAUCUUUGGUAUUUGCAUUCACUUCCGGUAAAUAAUUUACUCCUUCGAUUUUGAAUAAAACUGUUCGCUCUAAUCAAUAUGUAAAAUAUAUACUUGAUUGUAUCCAAAUUUUGGCUCUUAUGUUUGCUAAUAUUAAUAACCUUAGGUAAGGAUAUAUCAGAAGACUUAGAAUAUGUACUGGAAAUUUUCCUUUAGAAUGUUCGACAAAUUUGUUAAUGCUUAAGACACUUCUAAUAAAUUAUUAAUUUUAUAUAACAAAAACUGUAAAUAUUGAAUAUAAUUAAUAAUUAACCGUAGGUAUAAUUAUAUACAGUAUAGAACAUAAUCUAAAAUUGGCAACUUAUAUAUAAAAUAUUGUUUUGAUACAUAACAUUAUUUUCAGUUAGACAAGCAUUAACACGUUUGGUUUUAAUCUAGAAAAAAUUUAUGUGGCAAUUCCUAGAGAUUAAGUCUUAUGGAAAAGUUUUAUCAGAUAAAUAAAAGUCAAACCAGUGCAUUCUAAAAUAAAUUAGUAAUAAGAAAAUGUUUGAUUGUGUAUUUGAAUAGUUUGUUUGAGAGAGUUAGUGUGAUUGAAGUACUUUUAUAAAUACAUUUUGUACCUGACUACUCAACUAGUUUCUAAGUACUAUUUAUACUAUGUAUUCGUCCAAAUAUUUUUUCAGACUAAAGAUUGUAAAAUGAAUAAGAAAUAAA